AUGUCAGUUUCAUCUCCCAUUGAUUUAGAAGUUUGUGUGGAUUCUUUGGAAUCUGCCAUAGAAGCCGUCCAAAAAGGCGCCAGCAGUGUCGAGCUGUGCUUCAGUGCUCACGAUGGAGGAUAUAGUCCUAGUAUUGGGCUAUUAAAAGUUGUAAAAGAUAACCUUCCCCUUCCCAUAUUUGUCGUUGUGCGACCCUACAGAACAGAUUACUGUUAUUCUGAAUCAGAAUUCGAGAUCAUGAAGGAGGAGAUUAGCAUUGCUAAGCAUGUCGGUGCUAAUGGAUUUGUCCUGGGUGUCCUUUCUCAAAACAACCAGCUAGACAUAAAUCGGUGCAGUGCUCUUAUCAGUUUGUGUCGACCCCUGCCCUGUACCCUCAGUAGGGCCUUUGAUGAGAUAGCUAACCCUAUCCAAGCGCUGGACGAUGCGAUAAAGUGCGGCUUUGAGAGGAUCUUGGUCAGCACGGACCGGUAUAUCGGAGGAACCCAGCUAAUCGCAACCCUGCAGGAGCAUGCACAAAACCGAAUCAAGAUCAUACCUGCUCGAAACACAGAGUCUACAACGGUAGACCAGCUGAGAGAAGAAAAUAAGCGGCUGCAUGAGGAACUUGCAGCGGCUAAGCAGGCAAGCAGUAACAAUAACCACGGCGCGGAAGAAACAGACCACGGAGGACUAGGAGCGUUCUCCCUGGGCUCCCUCCUCAGCCACCCCUCCGUACUUAGCAAACUGCAGAACAUUGACAUCAGGUUCCUGCUGGCUGAUCUGCUGAGGAGUGAGAGUGAUAGAUACAACACAAACAGUCCUCUUGAUUCUACUCCCGCCUCUCCACAGAUGAUGAAUACCCGCUGCCAAUGCCACUGUCGCAGUUCAAACAAUACCAACAAUGUUCAAAAGCUUGUGCCAGAGUUCAAAACUCUUCAGAUGGCAAGUGUCCAGAGAUUACGCAACAUAUCGCCAUCAAACGAGGGGUUGAUGAAGAGUAUGGGAUCACCUGACAACAACGGACUUGAGUACGUAAGCGCGUUUAAUCCACUCAAACCCACGAUAAUGGUGAGUGGCAUGAUUAAUGACAGCAACAACGUGUCCUCAAGAGACCAACACACCAAACCCACCGUUCAGCGCAGAGACUCCCUUCAGGUUCCAGGAUCCGAAGGAUUUGCAGGGACUGGUUUCACUAGGAGACGAAGUCUUGACGAUCCAACCUCCAACAAUAUCAGCCAUAUACAACCACCAAUGGACACAUCAGACCUGUUGAAAGAAUGUCACAACAUGAAGAAAGAGCGCUCACUCUCAGCACCUGAAGCGCUCUACUACCCUAGCAUUGUUGAUCAGGUGCUGGCUUUCAAGCAGGACCCCAGACUCUUGGCUGGAUCUGGAAAUGCAGGUAACGCUAGUGGAAGUAACCUGAGAGGAAUGUUAAGAAUGAAUGUACGGCGAGGACCCCUUCAGAAGAAACUAGAUGCCCUGAAAGCCAGUACCCAUAUAGACGAGGAAUUCAAUGCGGUGAUGAAUGUUAAUGAGAAUAGUAACGACUCUGAGCCUAACCAGAACCUCAACAAUUCUUUGAAAGAAAUGGAUCUAUGUGAUUACAGCAUGGUAAAUAAGCGUAGAAGAUGGUAUGGUCCUAACCAAAAGAAGAUAGAUGAUAGUAAUUUAAUGCACGCGCUCAAGAGCGGUCUCGAGUACAGCAGGACCCUAAAACAAGAGUCGGAUUUCAAUGUAUUUAAGAAAGAAGUGGAGACCUUGUACGAAGGCAGUGAGUGCAUCAACGAGCGGACCAUCAUGUGUGGGAAAUGUGGCAAAACUCACCACCUCAGCUGGCUCAGAUAUCAUCAACAAUUCAACACAGAACACUGGAUACAGUGUACUGGAGGGAACAAGGCCAGCGAUAACACCUAACCACUUCCUCUUACACAACUUGCUGAAAACCUCCUCAGUAAUUUAUUAUUGCAAUUCUCUCUUCCUCUGAACAUGAAAAUCUCCGAGGAUAAUUAAGACUUUCCUACGUCCUGUCGUCACAGUAUAUAUAUGUAUGGAAUAUAUAUUACAGCACUGCAGUUUUAUAAUAUUGCAGUUAGCUUCCCGCAUUCAAUGACGUCAGUACUUCGCUCUCUCUAGUGUACAACUCGCUCCAGCACUGUACUACACGGUUUACGUUUUAUUGAUUGACCGAACAUUGCAUGUUUAAAUGUAUUAUGAAUAAGUGGUGGUGGUGCCACUGUAAUAUCUGAGACACAGUCUGCAUACUACAAUAAAUGCAAGUAAACAUAACAAGGGGUUUGGGAUCAGGUGGAAUGAAGGAAACCUGAGAGCUUGAAGUAUUUUAAGUGAACAAUAUUGGAACUUUUAUUGGGAAUCUGAGCUUAUUGAGGCGAUUGUGAAGUCAUUUGUGCCGACAAAGAGAUCAAAUUUUCAAUAUGCUGCUUGGACUUAUGACGAUCGAAUGUGGAUACCAUAGCAAUAUAAUGUGCACAGGGUAGCCCAGUAUUUCCUUGUCCCUUCCUGUCCAUCGUGAAUCCCUCCAUUGCAAUAUUACUCUUUCAACCUUCUUGAAUCUUAAUCGAGGGAAAUUUGUGGCACCCUGUACAUGUUUGAGCUUUCCAGCACUAUGCAAAGAAUUAUCUUUAUCAAAUACGACUUGUGGGAUUAAUAAGUAUGAAUUUGUUUAUCUGAUCAUCUGAAUUGAAUUAAUUGAUUGGAUUUGAUGGCAUGUUUCAAUCGGAACUUCAAUCUAUGGGGUCCAAUCAGAGGGUUUUGAUUGAUUCCUCUUCAGAUUAUGAUUUUGGUUUUCACCAGAUAAAGUUUGGUUGAAUUUAUUUCUGAUAUAAUAAUACAGUGAUUCACGAGUGUCUGUACAUUUUUCUUGUAUAAACACACGCGAUACCCCCAACCUUAUUAUCUACAUUUAUAAUGCUGUUUUUU